UAGUAGUCACUGUAUUCUGACAUAAGCGGACAGGAGAAUUAAGCAACCUUCUCACUCACCUUUUGCUUAGUCAUGAAGUGAUAAAGAUUUAAAUUCUUUCUGAUAAUCAAGGCUUCUAUUAAAAUGGUGAACUGGGUUUCAUCUUCCGCAAUCGGUGGCUUGAAGCGAUUAUUGAUCGGUGCAACUUUAUUGCGGGGCAAGUCCAGUAGACGACAGUCCUCUGUAUACUAUAGCCGGGAUUCCCGGGAUAUUUGGCAAGUUACGAUCAAUACGACAAGGAGGCACCCGGUAUCAUUGGUUAGUUCUUUCUGGAAGCCGGCAGUCGCACCCUUCUACGUUCUCAAUCGGCUGUCUUCCUUCACCUUUUGCAAGUCUAAGAUGGUAAAUUCAGUAGAAGCUGCAUCAGUAGCAGAAUCUAAUGGUUAUGAUAAUGGGCAUAGUGCUGGACAAGAAGAUCUAGUUGACAGUCCUACCUUAUUCAAAGAAAUCCAGAUUCCUUUGUCUUGGGGUCAUUUAGCAGCAAAAGUCUGGGGAACACCCAAUGAUCACCCCAUUUUGGCAUUACAUGGCUGGCAGGAUAAUGCAGGCACUUUUGACAAGCUAAUUCCAUUGCUUCCGUCUGAUUUGUAUGUGGUAUGCUUGGAUUUCUGUGGUCAUGGACUAUCAAGCCACUAUCCUAAAGGCAUGAUGUACCAUUACUGGGAUCACAUUGCUCAUAUACGCCUGGUGGCUGAAUAUUUUGGUUGGUCUCGUUUCUCUAUCCUUGGUCAUAGUCUUGGAGGAAUUGUUGGUUCCAUGUUCACUGCCAUCAGUCCAUCGAUGGUUGAAAAACUCGUCAUGAUCGAUAUUGUUAAGCCUAUCUCUACCCCAGCACGGUUCCAGCCUGACAAAUCCGCUAAAGCUAUAGAAAGCUACAUUCAAGUGCUGAAAAAACUUGAGCAAUGUCCUCCCUCUUAUACGUAUGAAGCGGCUCGUGAACGACUUGUUCAGGCAAACAAUGGAUCUAUUGAUGCCGAAGCAGCUGAGGUUUUAAUGUGCCGUGGGACUAAAAGGCACGAAGAUGGUGGUUAUUAUUAUUCUCGUGAUCUCCGCCACGUAAUCCCUACUGUGGCUUCUUACACUGCCGAACAACAUGCUGAAUACGCUAAGCGUGUCCACUGCCCUUUACUUCUGAUCACGGCAAAAGGUGGAUUAAUCUACGAAGAUAGAUCCGUCAUUGAAGACUUUAUCAAGAUUUACCGAGAUGUUAGCAAAGGAGGAUUUCAGCACGCACACGUCGAUGGAACCCACCACGUCCACCUCGUAAAUCCAGAAAACAUUGCUUCCAUUGUUGGCAAGUUUUUGUCCCAUGAUGCUCAGAAGUCAACCCUGGAGAAUUGAAAAUAGUAAUCGGUAGAUUAUACCGAUCGAAUUUUACGUUAGGAAACAAUUUAUGAAUUGAAUUAUUUACUGAUUCCCUAAGCGCCAAGUCUGUCUAGUUCAUUCUUCCUUAAAAGCACUUGCAUCGUUAUGCAACGAUCUUCUAAAGGUCGCAUUUAAACGCAACUGUUGUAACAAAUAUUAUUACUCUUUAGCAUUUAACCUUCGUUGACAUUCUGUUAGAUUUCGAAACAUAAUUCACGUGGUGUUGAAAAAUCUUCAAAUUGUACUAUCCAUUCUAUAGACUCAAUAAACAAGUACGAGUCGCAUAAUAA